UUACGCUGCCCAGACUACCAGAUAAAGUUCAUUGCCACUCUCUUCCUCGCCAACAGUAAGCAAAAGCAGGAACUUCUGAGAGAGAAAUGCUUGCCCAGAAGCAGAGGAGAAGUUGGAAGAAGAUUGCUGUCCAUAUUAAUGAAGAACACGUUGAAACCUUUCACAAAGAUCUCGCUUUUACACUGGACACAUUGGCUUCACCAAGUUUACCCAAGAUAGAUGAUGACCUAAAAGGAACUGUAACCAUGAAUGAAGAAAACAUAGAUGGAACAAAUGGAUGCAGUAAAGUCAGAACUGGUACUCAGAAUGAAGCAGCAUUACUUGCUUUGAUGGAAAAGACUGGUUACAACAUGGUUCAAGAAAAUGGGCAAAGGAAAUUUGGUGGUCCUCCUCCAGGUUGGGAAGGUCCACCUCCACCUAGAGGCUGUGAAGUUUUUGUAGGAAAAAUACCUCGUGAUAUGUAUGAAGAUGAGUUAGUUCCUGUAUUUGAAAGAGCUGGAAAGAUAUAUGAAUUUCGACUUAUGAUGGAAUUUAGUGGUGAAAAUCGAGGGUAUGCUUUUGUGAUGUACACUACAAAAGAAGAGGCCCAAUUAGCCAUCAGAAUUCUUAAUAAUUAUGAGAUUCGACCAGGGAAGUUUAUUGGUGUGUGUGUAAGCUUGGAUAAUUGCAGAUUAUUUAUUGGAGCUAUUCCUAAGGAAAAGAAGAAAGAAGAAAUUUUGGAUGAAAUGAAGAAAGUUACAGAAGGAGUUGUAGAUGUCAUUGUUUAUCCAAGUGCAACUGAUAAGAGCAAAAAUCGUGGUUUUGCAUUUGUUGAAUAUGAAUCUCACAGAGCUGCUGCUAUGGCUAGGAGAAAACUAAUUCCAGGUACAUUCCAACUAUGGGGCCAUACCAUUCAGGUAGAUUGGGCUGACCCGGAGAAAGAGGUUGAUGAGGAAACCAUGCAGAGAGUUAAAGUUCUCUAUGUAAGAAAUUUAAUGAUCUCAACUACAGAGGAAACUAUUAAAGCAGAAUUCAACAAAUUCAAACCUGGUGCAGUUGAACGAGUAAAGAAACUUAGAGAUUAUGCUUUUGUUCACUUUUUCAACCGAGAAGAUGCAGUGGCUGCUAUGUCUGUUAUGAAUGGAAAAUGCAUUGAUGGAGCAAGUAUUGAGGUAACACUGGCAAAACCAGUAAAUAAAGAAAACACUUGGAGGCAGCAUCUUAAUGGUCAGAUUAGCCCUAAUUCUGAAAACCUGAUUGUGUUUGCUAACAAGGAAGAGAGCCACCCAAAAACUCUAGGCAAACUGCCAACUCUUCCAGCUCGUCUCAAUGGUCAGCAUAGCCCAAGCCCCCCUGAAAUUGAAAGAUGCACUUAUCCAUUUUUUCCUGGAACAAAGCUUACUCCAAUUAGUAUGUAUUCUUUAAAAUCCAAUCAUUUCAAUUCUGCGGUAAUGCAUUUGGAUUAUUACUGCAACAAAAAUAAUUGGGCACCACCAGAAUAUUAUUUAUAUUCAACAACAAGUCAAGAUGGGAAAGUACUCUUGGUAUAUAAAAUUGUUAUUCCUGCUAUUGCAAAUGGAUCCCAGAGUUACUUUAUGCCAGACAAACUGUGUACUACAUUAGAAGAUGCAAAGGAACUGGCAGCCCAGUUUACAUUACUUCAUUUGGACAGGGAACACAAUCUCUUCAGCCUGGACCUAUGUAGAAGAAUUUGGAGAAAAUAAACAGGUCCUUAUUGAUGUUGCUUGAGCUUAUUCUCCUGCAGUUGAUCUCAUUCCUGUUGGCUAAAUAUUAAGUCCCAUGACAACAUUAAGUUAAUGCUCAUAUGUUUUAGGCCUCAUCUGUAAUACCAGGAAAAUAUAGAAAAAACUUGACUUGUACAUUAUAUUACCUAAUUCCUUUUCUUCCAUUCCUAGAAACACCAUAACUUUUAUAAAUAAUCAUUUUAUAGUCAUUGUUAGACCCUUGGCUUAUUCUACCCUAAAGAACAUAGUUGAGUUUUUGGAAAGUACAGGAUUUACAAAUUUGGUCUUUAAUAUUCAUACACACAUAUAAACAUUACAGUUAAUGAAGCAGGAAAUUAUUGAUGCAUAAGAUGCAUGUUUAUUGUGAAAUAGUAAUAUUUCAAAUAUAACUGGUUUUUAAAAAAUAAUUUGGUCUUAAUUUUUGGAUUUUUCUAUCCAUAAGUUGAUAAUGGUUUCUUGAAGUUUACUUUAUAAACAUGAUUCAUUUUACUGUUUUAUGGUACAAGUAGGAACACUAAUGUUAAAUUGGUGUAUUGAGUUAUACAGAUGUUAAAUUGGUAUUUAAAUAAUGAAAUAUUGGACAGUUAGUUUACACCAAAUGUUUUUGCAGUCCAAGGGAGGAUGUUUCUGCUGGUUUGAUGCCUAAUACAGUUUAAAAAAACUAAGCAAAUAUGAAUUUGCUGUUUUUUAUCUUUUCUUCAUGGACUAUCCCUUAGCAUCAGAACCAAAUUUAAAAGGAGCUGCAUUGUGGGACAAGAGAAAUCAGAGGUUCUCUUUUAUCUGUGAUCAAAACCACACAAAACAAUUAAGAGAUUUGCAAGUAAAAGAUACCCAAGAAUGCAUUCUAGUAAGAUCUCUGAAGUGUUGUGUCAGUGAAAGGAACAGGACUGACUGAUAAAACUAUCAGGAUUUGCAGGGCUGUUAAUGUUGAAACAGUCUUUACCAGCGAAAUAGUAUUAGCAGGAUUUUGAAUGUUAGAACAUUAUGUUAGACUCUAAUUAUAGUUUUCAUGCUUUGUCUCUUUGAAUUAAAUUUGUUUCCAUAAAGAUGUGCAGCAUAAUUGUUCAUGUA